AUGUCAACCUCGUCGCCUCCGAAGCCCAAGAAGCCAUCGCGCGCGUCGAGCCACCGCUCCACCCUCUCGGUGCAGAAGACGGAGAUCAAAAUCCAUGUCUAUGACUUGCUGCCGCCGGGUAAAGUUUCGUCGCUGCUGUGGACUCUCGGCAGUGGCCUGCUGCACUCUGGUGUCGUGAUCAAAGACAAGGAGUAUGCCUAUGGCGGACACGACCGCCGUGGUGUAACCGGUGUCUACUGGACCAGGCCACGUCUCGAGCCGCCCGGCGGCACCUUCAGGUGCGAGGUCCUGCAGGGCUUCUCCUUCCUCACCGAAGAUGAGCUCGCUGCCGUCAUAAGAGAGGCCUCAGAGAAGUUCCAGGGUACUGCCUACAACCUGUUGACCUUCAACUGUAACCACUUCACCUCGUACUUGUGCGAAAAGCUUACUGCAAGGCCCGCUCCGAGAUGGCUCAACCGUGCCGCAAGCAUCGGCGUUGCCCUGCCUUGCGUCGUGCCUCGGGAGUGGAUCGCCCCUCCCGAUCAUGAUACCGCUGACGGUGAGCUCCUGGACGAAGAUGAUGACGAUGAGCGCGUAGCAAUGCUGCGCGCGACUCAAUCACAGGGUUCUCUGCACCUUACAGAUUCACAGGAUCAGUACUCUACCGACGAAGAGCUUGAGAGCAGUCGAUCUAGAUCGAGGAACGCAGCCAAGAGAUCCACUUCCUCAACUGAAAUCGGUCGCCCACGGCGCUCUUCGGUCAGAGAUACUAGCGGGCGCGAAAUCCCUGCCAGCGAGCGCGCUCCCGUGCACGCCAGAUCUUAA